UCACAGUCACAGUACUUUAGAUGCCGGCGCUCUGGCGCUUGGUUCGCCAAUGCCAUAUGCCCCGCCACAUGGACGGAGGCAUCGGUUGCCAUGGCAGCUUCACCAUCCAGGUCAGAUGAUGCCCCAAGAGACGCCAAGGCAAGUGUGGCUCGAGGGCGCGGAGAGCGCAAGUUCCAACGAGUGAAGGACAAGGAAGAGGGGGACGAGACCAAAGAAGGUGAAGAUGAUGAGGACAAAUCGGAACAGGGAAAGAAGAAAAAGAAGAAAGGGAAACGCAAGAAGCGAAAGCGUGCUAAGAACACGGCCUUGGAAAAGGGCAAGGACGAGAACAGCAAGUCUGCUGAUUCAAAGAGUGAUAGAGGUCGUUCCAGCAGCAGCAAAGCUAGCGAGGAGAAGGAGAGGGCCGGAAGCGGCGAAGGCGGCGGCGGAGGAGGCGCACCAGCAGCUCUCAGAGCCGGAGUAGCAGGACGUGGCUCGAGGUCUAGGCCGGAUAGGCGGCCGUUGGUGGAGCGCGUGAAGGGCGGAGUGAAGCUCUUCGUGGGCCGGCUGCCGGUGGAGACCACGUCCGACCUUCUCCACCGGGCCUUCGAGCAUUACGGAGAAGUGCUGGAGGUCUUCCUCAUCGACGGCCGCGGAGCCUCGGGGGCGCGGUGCGCCUUUGUGCGCCUCGGGGACCUCCAGGCCGCAGAGAGAGCCAUCGAGGAGAUGCACGAGAAACGCGUGCUGAUCCAUGAGCGAGCUGAGCUGGGCCCCAUUCAGGUGGCGUUUGCCAAGGGUGAGGCCACACGGAUGGGCCUGGAUGCCACGAAGGAGCAGUUGCCAGCGCGGUGGCAGGUGCCCAUCACUGCGGGGGCGCCCGUGCCGGCCUCCGGCCCCGUGGACCCCGAGAGCCUCUCCAAGGAGGCUUUGAUAAGUCUCAUCAAGGAGGGCCAGCGGUCUGGCGGCACGCCGUUCAAGCAGCAGUGGUGGACGUUCUGCGAUCAGGGCAAGGGAGGCGUCGCUGACUAUGACCCCAAGCGCCAUCCGGAGAAAUCGCUGCGGAUGUUCUUUGCCGCGGCGCAGGUCGGCGAGUGGGGAGCCAAGCCUUGGUUCCGGCGCGCGGUCAACUGGGCCACCAUGGGAGGUGCUCGGCGCAAGCGCGGCUCCAGCUCGAGCAGCAGCAGUCGCAGCCGUAGCCGCAGCCGCAGCCGCAGCCGCAGCGGAAGCCGCGGUCGCAGUCGCCGCAGUCGCAGCCGAAGUGGCUCCAAGUCAAGAGGCGCGCGGGGCGAGGCAACCAGGCACGGCUCGGCCAAGGCGUUGCCGCCGCCGCCCCCCGAGGAGCCGCCGCCGGAACCGGAGCACCCGCCCCCCAAGGCGCGGCUCCUGGCCUCCGCCGCGGAGCGGAACGCGGAGCUGGAGGACUUCUUGGCCCAGAAUCGCAUCUCGCCUGUGACGUCCUUCCUGAUGUUGAAGCUCACGCGGGAGCAGGCCGCCUUUGUGAUGUCGAGCGUCUCCGAAGCUUUGGAGAAGGGCGGCAUCUCCGGCCUGGCAAAGUCUGGGCGCUCUGCGGCAGAGUCGCUGGUGCUGCAGCGGCUGAAGGGCCUCGGCGUGCGGACGCACUCCACCAACUCCGGGGGCGCCUGGACCAGCACCGAGCGCACCGCUUCCCCGGUGCCGCCCGCCGCCGAGCGGAUCAAGAAGGCGGAGGCGGAAGCGGCGGCCCGGAACGAGCCCCAGGAAGGCGCCGCCUUGGGUCUGGAUCUCCCGAGUGUGGAUGGCUUGCUGGGGCCUGGGCUCGACCUGGAGGCGGAGGAGCCUGACAAGGAUGCUGCGGCACCAACCCCGCCUCCGGAGGAGCCCGCGGAGGCCGCCUCCAAAGGCGAGCCGGAAGAACCGGAGCCGCCAGAGGCCCCGCCGGCUGCCAAGGCUCCCAAGGCCAAGGCCCCCGCGCGCGAGAAGCCGGAGGCGCCUCCAGGCUGCCAGGUCUUUGUCAAAAACUUGGACAAGAGCACCGGCGAGCCGGAGCUCCGGGACCUCUUUGGCAGGCAGGGCACGGUGCGGGAUGUGGAGCUGGCCACAGAAGAGGGCACGAGUGUCGGCAAGGGCUGUGCCAUUGUGCUAAUGUCCAGAAAGAGAGAGGCCAAGCAAUGUGUGAAGGCCUUGAACUUCACAAAGCCGUGGGGCCGCGCGCUGAUCGUGGAGCGGGAGGAAGGGGCCGAGGAUUCGCCGUCCAGAAGCCCCAGCGGUGACAAGCCCCAGGCUGCAAAGUCCCCGGAGGAGAAGGGCCGCAAGAGCAAGAGCAAAAGCAAGAGCCGCUCAGCCAGCCACGAGAGCGGCUGGAGCCGGUAUACCAUCGAGGGGAAGGGCCGCUCCAGGCAUUCCAGGGGGCACAAGCGAAGCUCAAGAAGGAAGCGACGCGACAAGAAGCGAAGCAGAUCCAGGAAGAAGAAGGCUUCCAGAUCGUCAAGGUCUGAUUCGUCAAAGGGACGAUCAGACUCUCGGUCCUCAUCGAAAUCCUCGAAAUCCAGGUCGUGCUCGCGAUCCAAGCGACGCAAGGACCGGUCCCACAAGGGCCGCGAGCGUCACCGCGACCGGGAGAAGGAGGCUAUGCCGCCGCCGCCCAUGGGUUGGCCGGGCCCGCCGUUCAUGCCCAUGCCAGGCAUGCCGCCCAUGAUGCCGCCCUGGGCCAUGCCUUGGGCCAUGCCGGGCAUGGAGGGCUUCCCCUUCGACUCGGAGGAGGCAGAGAGGCAGCUGCGAAAGGCUGAGAAGGCCGCGAAGAAGGAGGAGCAGCGGAGGCAAAAAGAGGAGGAGGAGAUUGACAAGGCGCAGGUCUGGGAGGACCACCCUGCACGGAUGGCGCAAAAGAAGUCCAAGUCGAGGUCCUCGUCCAGCUCGCGUGGAAGACGGGCAAAGGGCAAGGACAAAGCGAGAGGCAAGUCCUCCAAAAGCCGGAAGCGCUCCAGGUCGAGCUCCAAACGCAGGUCGAGGAGACAUGGGAAAGCUUCAGGUGCAGCGGUUUCGCCGAUGGGAUGGCCGGGCCCCUUUCUGGGCUACGGCGCUUUGGCGAACAUGGCGACGGCGCCGGCGAAGGUCAAGGAAGCGGUGGAGGAGAAGGAUGGAGACUCCGGCGACUCCGAUGUGGACAUGUCGAAGGUUGAGGCCGAGAUCAAUUUUGCCGACAUCUAACCAGUUGGCAAUGAGUGGGCGAGACAUAGCCGGUCAGAAGAGCAGGGAACAUGGAUGGCUGA